AUGGAUUUCAAUAAAAAUAACAGAAGUGAUAUUGAGCCCCAGACGAAACCUAGUGAAACACAUAGUUAUUUCACUGAAUCCAGCACUGGGCGUAUAUCUGUACAAACUACGAGUCCUUUUAAGAUGGGUGGCUCUGAAAUAGCUACGGAACAAAACAUGAAGAGUAAAAGCGAUAGAAGCUCUAAUAUUUUCGGCAAGAAACUACCUAAGGACGCGUGCUCUUCCACCACGUCCAAGCUGCUUAUCAACCAAAUCAUAAGAGAAACAAAUAUCGACGGAGAUGGCUUUCUGAAGGAAGGCCGCAUAGAGAAGAACCCACGCGAUCUACACCAUAUUGAGAAAAAAAGUAAUUAUAAUCAAAGUUUUGUUAUUAAUCAUGUUCAAAUUAAACGUUCCGCACCAACAUUUAAUUCUAAAUAUUCUAGAGUGCAACUGGGACUUGUCUCAAGAGAAGAAGCAGUAGUACCCGCAACACAUUUACAAUACACUGACUCACAAAAACACGUAUGUAUAUCCAAUACUGAAUAUUCAACAAAAUCGGUUAAAGAAAAACACUAUGCUGAGAAAACUACAUAUUGUCGACCCGUUUUAAGUUUCAAUAAUGAAUUUGCGAGCAGAAUUAGAGAAAAAAAUGCGAGAUUACAAAGAUUAGUAAAAAAGUUGGCACUCGCCAGAAAAAGAGAAAAAGAGAUAGAACAAUUAAAUAAUUACAUUAACGAAUCGAAGACAAGCCAAAGAAUGGAUUAUUAUGAGAAUCAGCAUUAUUCAUCAAAUUAUCAAAGCAAUAGACAAAAUAAAAACUUGAAUGAUUUUCAUAGAACAUAUAUGCUCAACCGUUCAAGCCUAUGCAACGAUCUAUUAGACGAACUUUAUGGUGCGUAUGAUAUUGAACAAUUCAAUUCUAAUUUUUACUCGCUGACAAAUUAUCAGCAGUCUUUUUAUGAAAACAAGUUUGAAUGCUAUCCCAUGUCUUCUCAAGGUCGUAUGAUGAUGAUUAAUAAAGAAAGAAGAAGAAAUCCAUUUGCUCAAGAUUAUGUAUAUGUUCCACCUAAUAGGAGACAGUUUCGUGGUAAUACGAUCGUUGUUGAGAAACGAAAUGACCGUUUUAAGCAAGAGUCACAAUCGGAUCCAUCUAACAAGCCCCGCACCGUUCCGCCUACUGAAAAGCAUAAAGUUGACCAGGGUAUUUGCACUAUCAAUAUCGGGUGUCAAGAACAAUUGAACGAUCAAUACGAUCAAUUCUGCCGAACAAACGAUCAAUUCGAUCGAUUCAGUCGAACGAACGAUCUUGGUACUCAGACUAGCAAUGUCAACCUGUCAAUAGUUCAGGAGUCUUUAUUAAAGCGGGGUGAAACAUUGAUAAAAGAUACUUUUCAGGAGCAAUAUAGCAGAGUAUCCGAAAAUGUAGAUCGAUUAAAGAAGAAAAUUCAAGAAACCGUGACGAGAGAUGGAACCAGUGUAUUGAGAAGUAUAGAAAAUAAAUUGGACGUUUUGAUUACUUCACUUAAUAUAUUUAUAGAAGAUGUUAGAUCUAGAACUAGUGUACGACAGAAUUAUAAUUGCCAUUCAUUAAAUUUUAAGCAGUCUCAAUUUAAGUCUCAAUAUUUAAAUACGUCAAAAAGUGAAACUCUUGCUUUAAUUAAAGCUGAAAGAUCAGCUUGUGGUUUACUUACAAAAAAUAUAAUUAAACCUGUGCCUUACACUAUACAAAAGCGAAAAUUAGCUAAUGAUUCAUGUAUAACUGACAUUAAUAAUGUUAUGAUUGAAGAGAUCAAUAAUAGCAACAAGGCGAAACGAGAUAUAGAAAAUGUUUUAAAUGGAAAUUCUCUAAGACCAUGCUUAGAACAGGCAUCUCUUCACAUUCCAACUAAGGAUCGGUCGACAGAAGUGACAGAUUCACUAUCGAAAUCAAUAUUUAAUUCGGUACGUAAACCUGCAUCUAUAGAGGAAAUAUCUAGAGAUGGGUCUGGAGAGAAAGCGAGAAUGACCAUAGCCGUAAAUACUGAUCCUUUGGGGCUGCUUGCUCUGUUGCGAAUUUCCACUGAAACUAUGAAACAAUUACUAUCAUAUAUGCCUAAUUUAUCGUACUACUCAUAUUUGCAAAUGAUACCCCAAAUAAUGCCACAACAGAGGCAACGUUCGCAAUAUGUGUGUCAUAUUUGUGGGGCGGCCUUUGAUAGACCGUCACAGUUGAGUGAUCACAUCCAGGGACACGAUUUAGGGGAAACAAGAGAUUGUUGCGUUUGUAGACACAUCUUAGACAUACAAGCAGAAUCUUCAAUCGGUCUCUUCCGAUGCCAGUACUGUGGUCAGCGUUUCACUAGAGCUUAUUGUUGCGAACUGCAUCAAGAAUCUUGUGCCAAACGUUUCGGCCUGAAACAUGACAUCACGCCUAGUCUUAUGCUUCUAAGAUAG